CUGGCACCCGCGAUUCGAAACGCCAGAAACGUGUCAGAGGAACCCGAGGCCACCAGGGUCGUGAGGACCCAGGAUCCAGCGAACAUGGUAACCUGCAUACCACCCUCCGAGCAAAUCGGCUGUGCCAAAGGAGAUUCGCGAGUUUAUUGUACUGAAGAUACCGGGGACACUGACGUUGUGCGGGUUACAGACUGCGGGAGUCCUGAAGACAGUGGACCACAGAAUGAGCCAGGCUACUGCAAUUCAGAGGACUCGGGGCAGCUGAUGGCCUCCUACGAGGGUAAAGCUGGGGGCUACCAGGUGCCUCCUUUCGGCUGGCGAAUCUGCUUGGCUCACGAAUUUGCAGAGAAAAGGAAACCCUUUCAGGCCAACAACAUCUCUCUAAGCAACUUGGUGAAGCAUUUCGGUAUGGGCUUGAGGUACUUGAAGUGGUGGUACCGGAAGACUCAAGUGGAAAAGAAGACCCCUUUCAUCGACAUGUUCAAUUGUGUACCCCUGAGACAGAUUUAUGGUUGUCCCUUGGGUGGCAUUGGAGGAGGCACUAUCACCCGGGGCUGGAGAGGCCAGUUCUGUCGUUGGCAGCUUAACCCUGGAAUGUACCAGCACCAGACAGUCAUUGCAGACCAAUUUACAGUAUGCUUGCGGCGGGAUGGGCGGACUGUGUAUCAGCAAGUUCUGUCCCUGGAGCGUCCAAGUGUCCUGCGCAGCUGGAACUGGGGCCUGUGUGGUUGCUUUGCUUUCUACCACGCCCUCUAUCCCCGAGCCUGGACAGUCUAUCAGCUUCCCGGCCAGAGUGUCACCCUCACCUGCCGCCAAGUCACACCCAUCUUGCCCCAUGACUACCAGGACAGCAGCCUCCCUGUAGGCCUCUUUGUGUGGGACAUAGAAAACGAAGGAGAUGAAGCCCUGGAUGUGUCCCUUAUGUUCUCCAUGCGGAAUGGAUUAGGAAGUGAAGAUGAUGCCCCAGGAGGCUUAUGGAAUGAGCCCUUCCGCCUGGAACAGGACGGGACGACCAUACAGGGGUUACUCCUUCACCAUCCAACCCCUCCAAACCCCUACACCAUGGCUGUGGCUGCACGAUGCACGGCAGAUACCACAGUAUCCUACAUCACAGCCUUUGACCCUGACAGCACUGGGCAGCAGGUGUGGCAGGACCUACUGCAAGAUGGACAGCUGGACUCCCCUGCUGGCCAAAGUACCCCAACACAGAAAGGAGAAGGUGUCGCUGGGGCUGUGUGUAUCUCCAGGAAGCUGCCACCACGAGGUCGGUGCUGCCUGGAGUUCUCACUGGCUUGGGACAUGCCUAGGAUCGUGUUUGGAGCUAAGGGCCAGGUCCACUACAGGCGGUAUACACGGUUCUUUGGUUCAGAUGGUGACGUGGCACCUGCUCUCAGCCACUACGCACUGUGCCAAUAUGCAGACUGGGAGAAGAGAAUCUCGGCAUGGCAGAGCCCAGUGCUGGAUGACAGAUCCUUACCUGCCUGGUACAAAUCUGCAUUGUUCAAUGAAUUGUACUUCCUGGCUGAUGGAGGCACAGUAUGGCUGGAAGUUCCUGAAGACUCCCUACCAGAGGAGCUGGGAGGGAGCAUGCAUCAGCUCCGCCCCAUUCUGCAGGACUAUGGGCGAUUUGGCUAUCUUGAGGGCCAGGAGUAUCGCAUGUACAACACGUAUGACGUCCACUUUUAUGCUUCUUUUGCCCUCGUCAUGCUGUGGCCCAAACUUGAGCUCAGUCUACAGUAUGAUAUGGCUCUGGCAACUUUCAAGGAGGACCUGACACGGCGACGGUACCUGAUGAGUGGCGUGAUGGCGCCUGUGAAAAGGAAGAAUGUUAUCCCUCACGAUAUUGGGGACCCAGAUGACGAGCCAUGGCUCCGGGUCAAUGCAUACUUGAUUCAUGAUACUGCGGACUGGAAGGACCUGAACCUGAAGUUUGUGCUGCAAGUUUAUCGCGACUAUUACCUGACGGGCGAUCAAGGCUUCCUGAAGGACAUGUGGCCUGUGUGUCUGGCUGUGAUGGAAUCUGAAAUGAAGUUUGACAAGGACCAAGAUGGCCUCAUUGAGAACGGAGGCUACCCAGACCAGACCUAUGACGGAUGGGUCACCACGGGCCCCAGUGCUUACUGUGGAGGGCUGUGGCUGGCAGCUGUGGCUGUGAUGGUUCAGAUGGCUGUUGUAUGUGGGGCCCAGGACAUCCAGGAGAAGUUUUCUAACAUUCUCUGUCGAGGCCGAGAAGCUUACGAAAGACUGCUCUGGAACGGCCGCUAUUACAACUAUGACAGUAGCUCCCACCCUCAGUCCCGCAUCGUCAUGUCCGACCAGUGUGCUGGACAGUGGUUCCUGAGGGCCUGUGGCCUAGGAGAAGGGGACACUGAGGUAUUUCCUACCCUGCAUGUGGUCCGUGCUCUCCAAACCAUCUUUGAGCUCAAUGUCCAGGCCUUUGCAGGAGGAGCCAUGGGGGCUGUGAAUGGGAUGCAGCCUCAUGGUGUCCCUGAUAGAUCCAGUGUGCAAUCUGAUGAAGUUUGGGUGGGUGUGGUCUACGGCCUGGCAGCCACCAUGAUCCAAGAGGGCUUGACUUGGGAAGGUUUCCGGACAGCUGAAGGCUGUUACCGCACCGUAUGGGAACGCCUGGGCCUGGCUUUCCAGACCCCAGAGGCGUACUGCCAGCAGCGAGUGUUCCGCUCCCUGGCCUACAUGCGGCCAUUGAGCAUCUGGGCCAUGCAGCUGGCCCUGCAACAGCAGCAGCAUAAAGAGAGCAGCAGGCCAGUGGUCACACAGCGGACAGGACUCAGCACAGAGCCUGAAUGUGGACCGAAGAAACCUCUGUCAAGCCUGAGUCCAGAGUGAGCACUCUGGACUGUGAGGCCCGGCCUCUGCACUGGUCUGCGCCCCGUCCUCCCACGACUCCUGCAGCCCUGAGCCAACUGGACAAUCGUGCCCCUGCCCUUCUUCCUCCUGACUGUGCCAGUAACAAGGGGCUGAGGAACCACUUAUUUAUUUCUUUCCCUACCUGCUGCUUCGGUGGAUGAAAUAUUCAAAGCCAGUACAUUUCUCCAAGUCUAUUCUUGGGACAACAGAUAAACAUGGGUAUCAAUAAAAGACCCAGAAAACUAGUAAGUGUGGUGCGUCUGAGUUCCCAGGCAUCUAGUGGGGCCCAGGAGCAAAAGCCAGCUCCCCUGCUCCUUGCUGUUUGAAGACGACAGCAGGCCUCAGGCUAAGGACUCCCAGACCCUCAUCUAGCCUGAACACCUGCCCUGCAAGAUGACAGAAGGGCUGCGAGCAGGUAGCCAUGCCCCAUUUUCGGAAAGAUUUGCCUGGAGGGGAAGGUUGGGGUCUGAGGUCUCUGAGGAAAGAUCAAGGAGUGCCCAGUCCAGGGGCGGCUCUGCCUGAGGCAUGUGGUAAAGUAGGCAGAAGUUGGCAGCCAGGAGCAUGUGUUCUGAGCGACCCAGCAACUGGUGUGCGCUGUGCUUCGGUAAUUCUGGCUGCAGGACAGGCAGCUGCUGCUCCUGCUGCUGACGGUCCUCACUGGGGAGGGCACGAAGCUGGCGGUGCAACACUGAAGAGACAAAGACUGGUCAGGAGACAACGCCACGAAAGCCCUCUACCACAGCCCACGCCCUCAGGUGUGCUCUUACCGACAUACUCAGCUGGCACGCGCCCCCUUGUGUCAGAGGAGUACAUAGCAGGUACCAGAAGAAGACAGAAAGAAAACAGGAGGACCUAGAACACAGGAAAACGGAGAUGAAGGGCUCAGGUCAUACAGCCUGGUUCUGCCAAGGAAAGGCUCUCUCGUCCCAUCCUCACCAGGACACAUGUGCUGCCACUGCUGGUUCUGUUUGCUAUCUCAAUCACCAUGGCCUGAAGUUUCCUCAGCUGACCUAGAAGGGACCUAAGGGAAGAGAAGAAACAGUGGUUAGCAUGCCUUGGACUAGCAUGCUGAGGUGCAGUGAACGCUGCUGUUUAAGGCCCCCCACUCCACUGCUGCAGUGGAUCCAAUCUCUUAACUUCCUUGCCAUUUCUCCCCCAAAUAACUUCUUUGCGCACAAAUGCCUGUAGUUCCUUACUGAAACAAAAAAUAAAAUUUCUCUGCCCUGACUUAAAC